AACGGGGCUGUCAAAACAACGAGGGAUAACCUAUAAAAUAUUAGGCUCGAUUCCUUAUGUUUUGUUAUUAAGUGUAGAAUAGCUGCAUAAUUCCUAAUAAUGAGUGACGGAAAAGAAGCCGAAGUCCGCGAAGAGUAUGCGUAUUUAGAUCGGGGCGGGUUUUCGUCGGAAAAAUUCAAAAUAGAGCUUCGAGGACUACCAAAGUUUUACGGUAUAGCGGAACUGAAAAAGUUAAUGAACCAGAAACUGUCACUGAACACAAGCAAGAUAAAGCGACCCAAGAACGGGAGCCACUGGUUGUUUGCCUGCUUCCAGAAUGAUGAGGAUCGGAACAAAGCUAUUGACGCGUUGAACGGCUACUCAUGGAAAGGUAAAACACUAAUAGCAGAAGUAGCAAAACCAGCUCCAGAUCCACUGGUUAGAAAGAGAAAGCAAGAAGAAGAAGGAGAUGGCCCCGACAAGAAAAAGAAGGAUGAUGUCAGUCAGGAGCAGAGGAUCAAAGAUGCAACUACUCCUUAUUGGAAUAUGCCCUAUGAAGAACAGCUGAAAUUAAAAGAGAAAGAAAUAAAACACCUGCUUAUGAAAUUUGACAACGAGAGAUGGAGGCUGGACAGAGAUAACCGCGGGGCUCUCGAAGCGAAGCGCAAACUUUACAACGGGCUCAGCUUCGAACUGAGGCCCAUAGAAAGGUCCCCCGUCACGGAAGGAUAUAGGAACAAAUGCGAGUUCACAGUGGGCAUAGACGAGGAGACCAAUCUGCCCACAGUUGGGUUCCGGCUGGGCAGCUACGCGACGGGCACCGUAGCUGUCGGCCCCAUACAGUCACUCAUACACAUCUCUGAAAAAACGAAGAAAGCGGUUUUGAUCUUCCAAGAGUACGUGCGCAAGUCUGAACUACAACCAUUUUCGCCCGCGGACUAUUCAGGCCACUGGCGUUACCUCACCGUUCGGCACUCCAUGUCUAAAGGGGACUUAAUGCUCAUUGUAGCGUUGCAUCCACAGGAGUUGACAAGCGAACAGAAGGAGAAAAUACAAAAAGAACUAGUGGAGCAUUUCAGUUCGGAAGAAUCAGCAGCAUGCGGGAUCAAGUCACUGUACAUUGACUACAUUACGAAAAGGCGAGUGGGUGAACAGGCAAGUAAACCGUUACAUCUGUGGGGCGACACGCACAUAGUGGACACUAUUCUCGGCAGGCAGUUCAGGAUAUCGCCUGAAGCAUUCUUCCAGAUAAACACAGCGGGUGCAGAAAUACUGUACCAGAGCGCCAUCGACAUGAGCCAAGUGGACAGUGGUUCCACUGUCGUCGACAUAUGCUGUGGCACCGGCACCAUCGGGCUUUGCUUUGCUAAGCACUGCGGCCAAGUGUUAGGCGUGGAGCUGGUCCCGGAGGCGGUGCGCGACGCUCGCGCCAACGCAACAGCUAACGGCAUCGCCAACUGCCAGUUCUUCGCCGGCCGCGCCGAGGACGCGCUGCCGUCCGUGCUGGCGCGCGCCGCCACCGGUGACGUCAUCGCCAUCGUCGACCCCCCCAGAGCGGGACUACAUAUGCGAGCAGUGACCCAGCUGCGCAACACGAGGUCAGUCAAGCGUCUGGUAUACAUAUCGUGCAGUCCGGCCUCGGCCGCCAAGAACUUCGUAGACCUGUCCCGGCCUUCCUCGAAGACGCUCAGGGGAGCGCCCUUCCUGCCCGUCCGCGCCGUGCCUGUGGACAUGUUCCCGCACACUAAACAUGUCGAGCUCGCCGUCUUGUUCGAGAGGGAACAGGUGCCUGAAGACCAACAAGAAAAAUUGGAAAUCAAAGAAGACAAGGAAUCAGUCGCAAAAGAAGGGACCAAACAAGAGGAAGCUGACAAAAAAGAGGGACUGGAUAAAGGAAUGGAAGUUGAUGAUAAAGUUGAAAUAAAGGAAACAGAAGCUACUGAAGAGGAGAAUUAAUUAAAUAAAUGAAGCUGAUGGAAAGGUGAAAUAAAA